CCCACCGCGGGUCCCCGGGGUGCCCCAGCACCGUGCCACCCCCCGGCUGCAGCCGUGGCACCUCGGGGCAUCCCAGCGGGGUCUCCCCUUGCUUUCCCCACGCAGGUUGUUCGCGGUGAAGUGCGCCGGGUGCCUGGAGACCAUCGCGCCCAGCGAGCUGGUGAUGCGCGCCCAGAAGAGCGUCUACCACCUGCGCUGCUUCUGCUGCUGCGUCUGCGAGCGGCGCCUGCAGAAGGGCGACGAGUUCGUGCUGAAGGAGGGGCAGCUGCUCUGUAAGGGCGACUACGAGAAGGAGCGGGAGCUGCUGAGCUUGGUGAGCCCGGCUCUGUCGGAUUCUGGCAAAAGUGAUGAUGAAGACAGCAUCUGCAAAAUGGGCCCGGCCUCAGGGAAGGGAGCCGAGGAGGGGAAGGACCACAAGCGGCCCAAGCGGCCCCGCACCAUCCUGACCACGCAGCAGCGGAGGGCGUUCAAGGCUUCCUUCGAGGUCUCCUCCAAGCCCUGCAGGAAGGUGCGGGAGACGCUGGCGGCCGAGACGGGGCUGAGCGUCCGCGUGGUGCAGGUCUGGUUCCAGAACCAGAGAGCAAAGAUGAAGAAGCUGGCCAGGAGGCAGCAGCAGCAGCAGCAGGACCAGCAAAACACGCAGCGCCUGAGCUCAGCCCAGCCCAACGGUGGUGGCAGCGGGGGGCUGGAAGGGCUCAUGAACCCCUACACCGCUCUGCCCCCCCCGCAGCAGCUCCUGGGCAUGGAGCAGGGUGUCUACA